UUUGAUUUUGAGCUAAGAACAAUGGCACAGCCUUCUGGGUAUGCUGAAACAGACCCAUCUGGUCGCUAUGGACGGUUUAGAGAGAUUCUGGGGAAAGGAGCGAUGAAGACGGUAUACAAAGCCUUUGAUGAGGUGCUUGGGAUUGAAGUGGCAUGGAACCAAGUCCAGCUCAAAGAUGUGUUCCAUUCCCCUGAGGAACUACAACGUCUCUACUCAGAAGUUCAUCUCCUAAAGAACCUCAACCACGACUCGAUCAUCCGAUUCUACGCUUCUUGGAUCGAUACUCAUCGUCGAACCUUCAACUUCAUCACCGAAAUGUUCACCUCUGGCAGCCUUAGAGAGUACCGACAAAAACAUCGAAACAUCAAUAUCGAAGCGAUCAAGAACUGGUCUCGACAAAUCCUACACGGCCUAGCUUAUCUUCAUGGACAUGAUCCUCCUGUAAUCCAUAGAGAUCUUAAAUGUGAUAACAUAUUCAUCAAUGGCCAUCUUGGGCAAGUUAAAAUUGGUGACUUGGGACUUGCAACUAUCCUUCAUGAUUCUCAACACGCUCAUAGUGUCAUAGGUACACCCGAGUUCAUGGCACCGGAGCUGUAUGAUGAGGAUUAUAAUGAGCUUGUAGAUGUUUAUUCCUUUGGAAUGUGUUUGAUUGAGAUGCUCACUUUGGAGUAUCCUUAUAGCGAGUGCUCCAACCCUGCUCAGAUAUACAAGAAAGUCACUUCGGGAAAGUUGCCAAAUGCGUUCUAUGGGAUCAAAGACUUGGAGGCCCAAAAUUUUGUAAAGAAAUGCUUGGAGAAUGUUUCAAAGAGGGUGCCUGCCAAAGAGCUCUUGCUUGACCCAUUUCUAGCUUCCAAUAACAACAAUGGCUCUCAUCAAGAACACUUCUUGUGUUCAUCACAAACUCCAAACAAUUCAAUGUCAAGAAGGACAGACAUGGUCAUUUCUGGAUCAAUGAAUCCCAACGACGAUACCGUUUUUCUAAAAGUGCAUAUCAAAGUGAAGAACGGUAAAGCUAAGAACGUACACUUUGCUUUCGACACAAUAAACGAUACAGCCAUCGACGUUGCGACUGAGAUGGUUAAAGAGUUGGAAAUCGGUGAUUGGGAUCCGAGUGAGAUAGCUAUGAUGAUAAAGAAUGAGAUAUCCACAUUGAUACCCAAUUGGGAGGAGUAUCAUCAAGAUAGCUUCAACUAUGAUGAACAAGAAGAAGACGGUGGCGACGAUGAUGAAAGCUACGUAACCCGACAUCCUUUCUACUCGUGCUCCUCCCAUGCCUCCUCCUCAAAUUCUCUUGAGGGUUUCUACUCUUUCUAUGAGAAUUCCCAUCAUCAUAUUUUGGAUGGUGUGAAUAUUGAUGAUGAUGAUAAAGGUUCUUCCUUCAAUUACUCUGAAGUAAGCUUUUGUUCAAUCAAUGAAGAUGAGUAUGGAAGAGAUCCUCAAUGCAUAUCAACCACCAAGAACCCUACAAGAUUUUGCCCUACCAUGAAGAUAGACACGCACCAUUUGAGGUAUAAGGACACUAAAGUAAUGGUGGAUCGAGAAGCGUUCGAGAGACGAUCCCGAUCUGAUAACUCAGCUAGACUUACGAGGGUGAAGUCAAUGGUGAACCUCCGUAGCGAGGCGUUGCACCGAUCGUUAGUUGAGAUGUUGUUGAAGAAGCGAUUGUUUAAUACGGUGGAUGCCAUGGAGAAUAUUGGAUACCAAAAGCCAUAGGGUAACCUAAUGUUCAUCAAGAACCAACAAAGUAAUGUUCUUGAUGUUCAUGAAUGGUUUCAUUAGGGGUUGGAGGAUUUGUGUAUAAAUAAAUGAAACAAACUUAAAUGUGUGCUUGUAUUUGUUUUGCAUUUGUAAAAUGUGUGAAACAUAAUGCUUCGAUAAUUAAACGUAGUCUAGGUUA